GAUAAAGUUGAUGUCGAACAAACAGCAGAGGUUUUCAACAUCACCUGGAAAAGCAUGUAUGAAGGCCAUUGGUACAUUGGCAAUUACCUCGAAUACGAAGUCCUCCUGGAGAAAUCUCCCAACGGUGAGAGCAAGAAACUUCCCACCCGUGAGAAGUUUUUAUCAGUUCCACGGAUACAACUUGAAGCCCAUGCUACAUAUUGCACUCGAGUGAGGUCCACUGUCUUUGAAUUGCCAGAGUUUACCACAAAUUGGAGUAAAUGGGGUCCACAGAUGUGCUGGAGAAACGGAGUGCAAGAAGACUCUCUCUCAGAACAAGAAAACAUCAUGAUAACUUUGACCAAAUUUCUGGUCCCGGUGUGCGUGGUUGUGGGAGUUCUGGUAUUUGUGUUCCACAGCCCCGCUGCAAGAUUGAGGAUUAAAACUCUGUCCCACACGCCGUCGCCCGCUCCUUUCUUUCAACCCCUGUUUCAGCAACAUGAAGGAAACCUGAAGGAAUGGCUCUCACCACAAGGUAAAUGUGAACUACCGUACAAAACCGACGAGAUCUUGAUAAACGAUGCUGUGACCGUUGAACCGAAACCCAGAACCGAGGACCCGGAGGAGAACCAGGACGUCCACAUCACUGCAGUGACACAACUCAUAUUCCCUCAAUGUCCAACCUCCUACGUCGGCUUACCUGGGAUGCAGGUGGCGCCCCAGCCGAUAACCACGGUCCAUCCUGCAGGGGACACUUCUUACACCCGGCUCCCCGGCUCUGUCUGGGGUUGCAGCAUGGGGCAAGUGCAGGUGACGCCGCCGCCGCCUCAGCACGUCUUCGAGAGCAGCUGCGCCGACUCUGGUUGCAGCUGCGACGAACUGACCCCAAGCCCAGAGUGCAGUUUACCAAACAGUCCAGUCGAGGCCAGUUCGCCUCCACGUUACUGUAAGGAUUACUGCAUCCUCAACAAAACAUCAGAGGGCGUGGUUCCUGUUCUAGUGUCCAGAUGAAAGAGGUGCACAGAUAUUCCAUCUGAUUCCCAGUACGAGGACGAGAGCUCAAAAUGUUGAAACCUGUUCCCUGGUGGCACGGACCACAGCGGCUGGUCAUUUGAGGAGAGGGUCAGAAUCAGGCCUUUAUGCAUAUGGCCAAACUAUUUUGUAUUUGCCUUGUUUGUAUUUUAUGUCCAGUUAAACUCGUUGGGCAUUCCUUCCACAUUGAAGCUGAUAACUCUGACCUCUGACGUCUUGUCCGGGGGGGAGCCUAGGGUUUAUAGAGCAAGGAUGACAGUAGGCAAAAGUUGGGCCAACCUCACAAGUGUGGAAUCAACACCGAUACUCAGCGUCGACUCACCAGACCAUCAGCCACAUCUGCUGUGGGAGCCCACUGGUCCCAGUUGCUUUGAGCCCUGAAGGAGACAAACAACUGGUGUGAUUAGAUAUGAUGAUUUUUUGGGGCAUGAGAAAAAUACUUUUAGAUAAUUGCCGGGUCGUCCUCGACAUUCCUAUUAUUGAAAUGUUGAUGAAAGCUACGAGUGUUUUUCUUGGGGGGGAGCAAAAGGCACUGCUCUUAAAAUAAAGGGGAUGAAUCAAGUGCUCCUGAUGUUCUGUACAGUUUUUCCAUAAGAGGAUCAAUAAAGAGCAUUUCAAUCACGUGAAUGUUUCUCUAUUAAACUCUGUUUGUUCUCAACCAUUUCUUGUAUACACGUUUAAAAGUUAAAAUGAUGUAAAUGAAAAUAAAAAGUUGUC